GUGUGAGCAGGUCACACACAUCUCUGCACUCUACAACGCCUGCUGCUGGGGUCUCCCUGCCACCCUGCACCUUAUUCCUCCUGUCCUCCUCCUCUCUCCUCCUGUGCUCUCUGCCUCCUCCCUUCCACCUCCCCCUCUGAUAAGAAAUGCUUUCUCCACAACUUUCAGAAUUCGCUGAGUGAUCUCCUCUUCUUUCGAAAUCCUGUUGUUUCUGUACCUUGCACCCUCCUCCUCCUCAGCUAUAAACUCCCUAUUAUAUGUGAUUUUCUCCUCUACUAACCCUCUUCAGUCUCGGGAACAGCUGAGGGCAGCAGAAGGGCUCUGGAACUUCUGGACAUGCUGCUGUGCUGCUGACUAUUUCAUUCCACCAUGGGUAUCUCCACUAAAUACACGCCAACCUCAACGGAGGAGCCACUUCCCAACGGGAAGAAUGGUUCCACCACUGACUCCUGCUCCCAAGAGUCCAUGAAACUAAAGAAGGAAAUCUCAUUGCUGAAUGGGGUGUCUCUGAUUGUGGGCAACAUGAUUGGCUCUGGGAUCUUUGUGUCACCCAAGGGGGUUCUGAUUUAUAGUGCCUCUUAUGGACUUUCACUGGUGAUUUGGGCAGUUGGAGGAGUGUUUUCCAUAUUUGGUGCCUUAUGUUAUGCAGAAUUGGGCACAACCAUUACCAAGUCAGGAGCAAGCUAUGCCUACAUCCUGGAGGCCUUUGGUGGCUUUAUAGCCUUUAUCAGGUUAUGGACAUCUCUGCUCAUUAUUGAGCCAACCAGCCAAGCUGUAAUUGCCAUCACCUUCUCCAACUACAUGAUGCAACCUAUCUUCCCAUCCUGUGAGUCUCCCUACUCUGCUAACAGAAUUCUUGCAGCAGCCUGCAUUGGACUCCUCACCUUUGUGAAUUGCGCAUAUGUAAAGUGGGGGACACGGGUCCAGGAUGUCUUCACUUAUGCCAAAGUCCUGGCUCUGAUUGCUGUCAUCAUCGCUGGAAUUGUGAAACUCUGCCAGGGUCAGACAGAGAAUUUUGAAGAUGCCUUUGCUGGAUCCUCUAAUGAUGUUGGGCACAUUGCUCUGGCUUUGUAUUCUGCUCUCUUCUCUUACUCAGGAUGGGACACACUCAACUUUGUCACAGAAGAAAUAAAAAACCCAGAAAGAAACCUGCCCCUGGCCAUUGGGAUCUCCAUGCCGAUUGUGACUGUGAUUUACUUACUCACCAAUGUAGCCUAUUACACAGUGCUGGACAUGCGUGCCAUUCUGGGAAGCAAUGCUGUUGCUGUGACUUUUGCUGAUCAGAUAUUUGGAAUAUUUAACUGGACAAUCCCGCUGGCUGUCGCUCUGUCGUGCUUCGGAGGCCUAAAUGCUUCAAUCCUUGCAGCAUCCAGGCUCUUCUUUGUUGGGUCUCGAGAGGGACACCUUCCUGAUUCUCUCAGUAUGAUCCACAUAGAGAGAUUCACUCCUAUUCCAGCUCUGCUGUUUAAUGGUGCAAUGGCUCUCGUGUAUCUCUGUGUUGAAGAUGUCUUCCAGCUCAUUAAUUAUUACAGCUUCAGCUAUUGGCUGUUUGUGGGUCUGUCUAUUGCUGGUCAACUAUAUUUGCGCUGGAAGGAGCCAGACAGACUACGACCUCUGAAGCUCAACCUGGUGUUCCCAGUGACAUUCUGUAUCUGCACCAUUUUCCUAGUUGCAGUGCCACUGUACAGUGACUUGAUCAACUCUCUAAUUGGAGUGGCAAUAGCACUCUCUGGGGUUCCUGUUUAUUUCCUUAUCGUACGUGUUCCAGAGGAAAAGAAACCUCAGUGUCUACGCACUGUAGCAGCUGCUAUUACUCGCUAUACUCAGAUGUUGUGCUUCUCUGUCGUCACGGAGAUGGAUUUAAAGGAGGAUGACAACCUUACAACAAAAUCUGACUGAUUGCAAUGUGAUCUCCCUUGAAGCUGCUGGAACCUUAUGAACCUCUUCCAUCACAUAAUUUAUUUCUUACACUGGAUGGACAACAUUUUUGUCAUUAAAGGUUGUAAUGCAGGGUGGCUGCAGGGCAGUGCUCUGGCAUGAAGUUGACCGAAUAAUUUCUCCCUGGCAGGGGAAAUGUUCAUAAUUGUUCCCUCCAAAAAAAAAACAGUUUUUGCUGAAUUAGGAUGUUAAACCUACAGAGCCUGGAGUGCUGGCCCAUGCAAGUAGAAGUCAAAGAAGUAAUGGUAUGUGUGAGUCUGCUGCAUCACUGUAUGGACCAACUGGAAGACCAGAGACCUCUGUAACUUUAGAGUGCCUUACACGGCUGAACAUGUUGUUUCAACAUUUUGCACUGGUUGGAAAAUCAUAGUAGGCCCGAGCAUUGGUAUAAUAAUACUGUAAUAAAAAAACUAAACACAAAUAA